GGCCAACCAUUGAGGUUUUUCUUCAAUCAGACACGGAGAACCCCGGAGAAUCCCUAGCAAAAAGCCAGGAUCGGGCAGCUAGCGUGGGACCCGUGCAACAGGCCAACGCAGGCCGCCGACAUGCAAGCCCAGCUGGUUAUCCACACCUGCGCCUCAUUAACCUCCAUCCCCGAUCGCCGCACCAGCCAUCUAUCAGCUUCAUCUCGACCAGUAUUUCUACCCCGGCUCUCCACUCCAUCCUCCCGUGAUCGUCGCAGCUCCAGACUUGGUCCACCCACCUCUGCUUCCACGUUCGGCCAGCCGGGCUCGCCUACCUGCCUCCUCCUCUCGCCGCCUCCACGACGCCCCCCGGUUCUCCCCUCGCUCCCCGCCGGACCGCCAGCCACCGCAUCCUUCCCUCCACAGCCUCCAGCUCCCCUCAGCCCUCUCACCUGAACGCCUCCUGCUCCGCCAGCUCCUCGGUCCCCCGCGUCCACGUCUGCCGGUGUC